AACCCACAAUUAAACUAGUAGCAAAAGCCAGAGUGCAAGGUACCAUCGCCCCCACACCAAAAAAAGAAAAAAGAAAAAGAAGCUAUUUUCUCUCUCUCCUCUCCUUCUCCCUUUCAGCUGAUACACUGCUGCUAGUUCUUUCUUCUGAAAUCCAAAUCUAAGUCUCUCACAUCUCCCAAUAAAAGCCUGAAAAAUAUCCUCACAAGUUUCGUGCGGCUGAACUUGCCGGCAAUGUGGAAGCUCCGGUCGCUGUUUAGCCUCUUGCUCCUGCUUUCUUCAGCUGCUGCAUUGGUUAGUGCUCGAGGAUCCACUAGAAAAUGGCAAACUCUCAGCGGAUCUGCACCAGUAGCCAUAGCUCGUGGAGGAUUUUCUGGAUUAUUCCCAGAUUCAAGCUACAAUGCAUAUGUACUCGCUGUUGGUACGAGCUUACCAGACUUAGUCCUAUGGUGUGAUGUCCAGCUCACGAAGGAUGCAGCGGGAAUCUGCUUUCCAGAUUUGAAGCUUGACAAUGCUUCUGACGUUAAUGUGGUUUUCAAUAAUAGGGCAAGUACCUACAUUGUCAGUGGGGUCUCUACACACGGAUGGUUUUCAAUUGAUUAUAAUCUUAAGGACUUGCAACUCAUCAGCUUGAAGCAAGGAAUCUAUUCUCGAACUAACAGAUUUGAUGAAACACAACAAAUUCUUACGGUUGAAUAUGUUGCAACCCAAGUCCAACCAUCUGCACUGUGGCUGAAUGUUCAGCACGAUGCUUUCUACAGCCAACACAAUCUAAGUAUGAGAAGCUAUGUUAUCUCUGUAUCUCGAAGGGUGGUUGUUAAUUAUAUUUCAUCACCAGAGGUGAAUUUCCUAAAGAGUAUAGCUGCACGCUUCAGACCUAGUGUGACCAAGCUUGUUUUUCGGUUUCUUGGACCAGCUGAUAUUGAGCCCUCAACCAACCAGACAUAUAGUUCGCUUCAAAAGAAUCUAACAUUCAUCAAAACAUUUGCCUCUGGUAUUCUUGUUCCCAAAUACUACAUAUGGCCUGUGGAUAGCAGCAGCCACUAUCUUCUUCCUCAUACAUCUAUAGUCUUGGAUGCUCACGAGGCAGGCCUUGAAGUUUAUGCAUCAGAAUUCUCAAGUGAUGUUACUUUUGCCUACGACUAUAAUUAUGAUCCUGUAGCUGAAUAUCUAUCCUAUAUUGAUAAUGGCAACUUUUCCGUGGACGGGGUGCUAUCUGACUUCCCAAUAACUCCAUCGGAGACCAUAGAUUGCUUCUCCCACAUUGGCAAAAACGAAACUGAUCAAGCUAAGGUUCUGAUUAUCUCACAAGAAGGAGCAAGUGGAACAUUUCCUGGUUGCACUGAUAAGGCAUAUGACCGAGCUGUUACAGAUGGAGCAGAUUUUAUUGACUGUCCAGUUCAAAUGUCUCAGGAUGGGGUUCCUUUCUGUAUGGGAUCUAUAAACCUUAUAGAAAGAACAACAGCUGCUCAAUCAGUCUUCAGAAGUUUCACAAAGACCAUUCCAGAUCUUAACAUACAGGAUGGAAUAUUUGCCUUCAAUCUCACAUGGAGUCAAAUUCAGACUUUGAAGCCUUCAAUGUACAACCCGUACACAAAUUAUGCAUUGUUCCGAAAUCCAAAAGCUCAAAAUGAUGGGAAAUUUGUGCAACUGUCGGACUUUUUGGCCAUUGCUAGCAAUGCAACUUCUGUUUCUGGAGUCUUGAUUGGAAUAGAGCAUGCUGCAUACCUCGCUCAAAAUCAGGGGCUUGAUGUAGUUGAUGCAGUUCUUACUACUUUGAAUAAAUCUAGUUACAACAAGAAAGUAUUGAUUGAAUCUGAAGACAGCUCUGUUCUCGUCAAUAUUGGAAAGAAGAGCAAGUAUGAAUUGGUCUACAGGAUUAACGAAACUAUCAGUGACAUAACUAAUUCAACAAUCUUGGAGAUAAAGAAGUUUGCUAGCUCUGUGCUCGUAACCAAAGGAAGCGUAUAUCCUAGUGAAGAGGCAUUCCUCACUGGUUUAACAUAUGUAGUGCCAAAGGUCCAGGCCCUAGGCCUCCGAGUCUAUGUGCAACUGUUCAGCAACGAGUUUGUGUCUCAGGCGUGGGACUUUUUCUCAGACCCUUAUGUGGAGAUCAACACGUACGUCUCCAACAUGACCAUUGAUGGCUUAGCUACAGACUACCCAGCAACAGCAGCCCGAUACAGGAAGAACCGGUGUCUAGGAUACAAACAGGCACCUUCUUACAUGCUCCCAGUUCAACCUGGCACACUCUUUUCGGUUAUGGAUCGGCUCCUUCUACCACCACCUCAGGCUCCUAAGCCGGUCCUGAAAGAGAAUGAUGUGACUGAGCCACCUCUGCCCCAUGUUGUGGUAAGACCUCCUGCAGGCACCAAUAACAGGACCACAGCACAAGGUCCAACCACAGCACAAGGUCCAACCAUGGUUGCAAACACAUUCCUCAGCAGUCUUGCCAUUCUUCUCGUGACUUUUGCCGUGCUAAUAUCAUAAUAAUACAUUCUUCCGCUUUCACCUUAUUGCUGAGAUGAUUCACAUUCUCCUAGAGCCGCCUAGGAGUGUAGAGCUAGUUCAGAAUUUUCCGCUAAAAACUUGUAUGAUUAAUUCCUUGCUCUAUUCUUUUGAUUGAUGUCCAUGCUUUUACUGUAGGUGUUGUCGCUCUUGGAAAUGUUCUCUUUUCUUUUUUCUUAUACUUAUGGGAAGGUUGGAAAUGUUCUUUUUUCAUUUUUCUUAUCCUUAUGGGGAGGUCGAGCAAUGGUGUACUUUUGAGAGAAUUAUAAGUAUUUGUAAUAUAGUCCCUAGUACAUAAAAUAUUCUUUUUUACUGGACA